GGAGGUGCGCACUGCGCAUUGCAAGUAAACAAAACAGCGUUGAGACGUCAACUGAGCCCGAAGUGGAAUACAAAACGAAACUUUAAAAAUGUCACUGGUGCCGUAUUGGUUGAGACAUCUGAGGAAUCUAGCCUACAGGGAUCCCAUCGCCAGAGUCUUCGAAGAUCCCUUCGCAGUUUUCGCGAGAGAUCCCUUUUUCCGCGACCCUGUGAAAUACAUAAGGCAAGUGACAGCGCCGUUGGAGUCCGAUCAUGGAAUCGAAGGAAUUUAUUUCGAUUCUGAGGUGAAAGUAGACGGGAAAAAGGUCGAAGUGCAUUUGGAUGUACAGAAUUUUACCCCAGAUCAGAUUCAAGUGAAGACCGUUGGCAAUGAAAUCAUGGUGGAGGGGAAAAAGGAGAUUAAACGCGAAGACGGCUGGACCAGGAGCAACUUCGAGAGGCGGUUCCUGCUCCCCGAAGGUUUUCCCCCGGAACGAGUGGAGUGUCAUUUCGACAAGGGUAAAUUGAAGUUGGUAGCGUUCAGAGCGGAACCAGUUACGGAGAGGACCAUUCCUGUACAGGACAAGUCAUCGUCCAGCGGGGAGAAGUCAUAAAGUUAAAUAACAUGAUGUAAUACUCGGUUAUUAAUAUGUUAUUAUCAUUUAAUUAGACUGAUUAAUUUGUAAUUUCUAGGAUUCAUAAUAAACAUUUACCCUGUUAUUCAUAAAAACUGAAACGUCUUAUAAACAUAGCUUUCGAAAUGUUCUGUCAAUCUCUUUCAAAUUGAGAAUUUAACGCACAAGAAAAGGACAAAAGAGUUCAAUAAAUUAAAUAGGUAAAUGAAUUGAAGUUUUUAUGAAUAAGGGGAUACGAUAAAAAAGAA